GAGCCCUCAAGAUGGCGGUUUAGCCGGUGCAGCCUCCUUCAAUGGCCCGGGUGACGGCUGAGUGAGGGACGCGGCACGUUUCAAGCCACGGUAAGCAUCAUUUUAUUAUGUGCCCUUUUGGCUGGCGUGCGUCGUUGCUCCGGUGCUUGUUAGUCUUGUUUUUCUGUCCCUUUCCCCCUGUUCGCUAAAGAUGGCAUGCCGCACGGGAUACACUCGCAUUGCCGACUCUUCGGAGUUGCAGGCAUCUGUUUAACAAGAAGAGUAAAAAACGGGCAAUCGGCCGAGAUACUUGCCCAAACCCUGUUUAGCACAAGCCUUUGUUGUUUUUUUCUCUUUUCCUUUUCCCUUUCUAGAUUCUACCCUCCUUCAUUCCUAUAUGUUACAGUAGCCAUCCAUCAUUCACUCCUGCCCCCAUCUUCAAGUUUCGAGGCAACAACCAGUUCUCUCGCUCUUUGGCCUUUCCUCUUCUUCCCUCCCCCCGGGAACUCACAGUGCCUUUUUUUUCGGCCGGAAUGUAUAAAUAGAUUCCGGAUUCAAAGUGAUGACGGUGGAUCCCCCUCCCGAGCCACUCAGCCUUUGUCUUGCCGCCUCGAAACGGCUUCGCCCUAUGGCAAGGCCAUGCCAUGCCACCCCCAACACACACACGAAAAUAUCGCAGCCCAUCACCCGUUGUAGUAUGUAAUAUGUGCUUACUGUCAUCUCUCUGCCCUUGAUUGGACCUGGGUGCGCGGAACCAAAUUCCGUCCUUUUUCUCCGAGUUCCGAUUUG